AUGAGGGAACCCACUGGCACCAUCUGUGUUCAAAGCAACCGAGAUUCAAGGCAGGCACAAGUGAAUCGAGCAAUUGAGGAAACCAAGUCCCGACAAAUGACAGCACCAAUUGGUGGACGAGUUCCGAAUAGGCCCUCUCAGAAUACCCCUGGAAGAAACGAGGCUAUCGAUGUGGAUAAGCUGAAUCAACUCAUCAGAGCGCUCGACAAAACAUGGAUCCUUCCAAGACCAGGCGCCAAGGAACCAGUAGGCAGUAAUUUCCAGUAUAAAAAGACAUGCGCUUCGAUUUUCAAAGCGAGGCAUGGUGCUUGUCAACAACUGAGCUUUGGUGUCAUGUGCUUCAAUUAUUGCCAUGAGCGAGGAGAAAAGCUAUCAUUCAAAUGUCAAGAUGCCUCGGAUGCUGCCUACUGUCGCCAGUCCGGGACAUUUGAAACGUUCCUGGCAAAGUAUCGUAAGGACGGCUACAAAGCCAAGGCCUACAUUCAUCAGAUGAUCUCGAGAUGUUACGCGACGGCUAUUUGCAAUACACAGACGGGAAUCCUCAACUCGACGAUCAUCACUGAAGAAGAAAUGACGGAAACUACCACAAGGAUGAAUCGGCUUCGUUUACUGACGAGAGGCCCAAAGUCCCUGAAAGCAAGAGCAACGAAAACGACUGCUGCUCCCGAAAGCAUUGACUAUGAAGUGGAACAGGAGGAAGUCACUACGACAACAAAGAGGAGGGUAAGAAUGCUCGUAAAGACUGUGUCUCCAUUGCUUCAGUUUCCUUUCCAUUUUCAGUUUUCGGUGGUAUUUACUGUAAGCCAAAACUCUAAAGUUUCGUCGAAGUACAUCCCAUUCUGGAAGCGUCUGCUAUCUACGACGGUCACACCCUCAACACCUGAUGAUGAGUUGCCUGUGGAAGUAGAGGGCAGUCCUGAGGAUGAAGAGGAGUCGAAGUUAGUUGUGGAUACCGAAGAAUUUCCAAGAGAAGAAACUACUCCAAAGGAAGAAGUAACCACCACAGCGAGUCCUACACAGAAGGCAAGUAGUCAAACGGAAGUUCCUAAGGAAACGCGAUCGUCCGCUUCAAGUGAGAGGCAUACGUUCAAACCAUUGCCAAUGACAGUUCCUCCGAUUGCCGGACCUGAACUCGCAUUUCAGAAAGCAGGGCCAGGAUUCUGGAACCGAUUCCAACCCAAUCGAUGGUUUGAAUCGAUACAUUACGUGACGAAUACUGGCAAAUAG